AUGACCAACCCGGUUCUGGCUCCGGUCAUGCAGCAGACAUGCCUGCAAGUCUUCUUCCGAUUGGUGGAUGUGGAGGUGCUCAAACUUGGUUCUGACAAGAAAGGGGAAAGUGUUGGUAGAUUGAUCAGAGCUGGAGGAGAAUCUCAUGAGGAUCAUCAUCAGGUUAUGCUCGAUGAAAUCAUCAACUAUGUUCAGUCAUUGCAACAACAAGUUGAGGUUACCGGGUCUCUCGAACUUUGUGCCUCUGUUUGUAUAUUCAAGAGGUGGGAGACGAAUGAGCUGUGGCGUGAAGGGAUUAAUGAUGUAGAAAUUGAUUUCCUCGUCAAAGACCAAGACCCAACUUCCACAAGUGACGAGGAUUUGGAAGCAAAGUACCACGACGAACAAACGGUCUUAGCUCGAGCAAAAUCUGUAAAGCUAAACUGCUUGAAAACCAAUGAUAAGAUGUCUGUGACAAGCUCCGACCAAUUCGAAGAACAUCAUCUGUGA